AUUGUAAUUCAGAAGAUUGUCCCUAAGGCACUAGAGACAGCUGAGUUGUAGUUUACCUCUUGUAUCCAUGUUCCUUUAUCUCCCACACGUGCUUGAAAAAAUUGAAAUGUGAGAAUUGUCAUCGGGGGGAAAAAGUGAACAGUGUGGAAUUUAAAUGUUAUUUUUAAGUUUUAAAACAUAAUAUGGCACAUCAAUUAAAAAAAAAAUGUAUCAAAGUUGUUUACCAUCUUUUGGUUGAAUAUAUAGAAAAUAUGGGGUAAACAUCUACAAUCACAUUUGUGUGGAAGACCUUAUAUAAAUAUGGUCGCACGUGCAAUAGGGAACUAUAAACUUUUAAAAUAUAUUUUGACAAAACACUCUAAAUAUGGAGUGUCCCCUUCUGAAUAGAAGGAAGAUAUGAAGAGAAUGUUGUGAACAAAAUAUUGUGGCAGAUUGGGGAAAAAAAAAAGAAAAAAGCCCUGGGGAUAUUGUAGAACUGUUAAUUCCACUUGAAAUAUUGCAAUGUGUGUGUUUGGGAAACUUGAUACUAUUAUCAAACAUUAUGAGAAAGAAUGGUUUUCUUUUAGCUGACAACUAAUGGAAGAAACAAAGGACAAUGCUUACCCUGAAAUUAGUAAGUUGACAUUGACUAUGCUUGAGAGCAUUGAUAAGGGCAUACUUUUAGACAGAAAUUUCACUUCAGGUGCUAGUAGUACAUCACAAAAAGCUGGAGUUGCUGCAUUAGGUUUAGGGUAUGCUGGUGGUGAAGUAGUUUCUACCAUGGUCAAAGCAUUCAGGGAGCGCCGAGAUUUCUUAGUUAAAAGCUUUGGGGAAUUGGAAGGUGUUAAAAUGUCAGAACCCCAGGGAGCCUUCUACCUGUUCAUUGAUUUCAGUGCUUACUAUGGGACAGAAGCUGAAGGUUUUGGUAAAAUUGAAAAUUCAGAGUCACUUUGCCGAUAUCUUCUAGACAAGGCUGAGGUUGCUCUUGUACCGGGAGAUGCAUUUGGGGAUGACAGCUGCAUUCGCAUUUCAUAUGCAGCAUCUCUCCAUACCAUACAAGCUGCUGUUCAGAGAAUUAAGAAAGCACUUCUUCCCCUCAGGCCUGCUGUCACUGUUUGACACUUAGAAGGUUCCUAAUGCAAAAUGCUUUGUCUUUGAAUUCCAAAUUUAUUUUCUGUCAUGAUAAUUUGAAUAAGAUCAAGGUUGUUGAGGUUCAGAUCUUAUGUUUCCAUGAACAAAAUACAGUUUAGUUAGAGGCAGCGGUGUCUGCAUAUCUGCCUUGUAAAACACUCCUUUCUGUGGGUUUAUGUAAAACUCAUUGGGUUCCAUAUAAUCAAAAUGUUAGUUCAAACUGAUGCUGUGCUUAAUGGAACAGCAUAGCAGCGAAGCCAUGACCAGCCUUUCUGGAAUUACAAUAAAUAUUUACAGAGUUCCUUUUAUCGAGUUCUAGUUUUUAUCUAAUCAUGGUGUAAGGUUGAGG